AUGCAAAAUAUUAUUGAUGACAUCUAUUAUAUUAUUUAUAAUAUUAGAGAUCCAGAAAUACCUCAAACAUUAGGAUAAUUAGAUGUUAUCUAAAAAGAAUUUAUUAAUAUAGAAGGCUAAAGAAUAACAAUUUAUUGGAAACCUACUGUGAAGCAUUGUUCAUUUGCUUUAUAAAUUGCACUUUCCAUUAGAGUAAAGCUCUCUCAAGAAUUAUUAAAGUAAUUAUGAAUAAUAAAUUUAAGUUACAAGUCAUAUAAAAUUCAUAUAAUAGUUAAGGAUAAUCUUCAUAAUUAAAAAUCUUAAAUUGACAAAUAAGUUAAUGAUAAAGAACGAUACUUAGCAGCUAUGGAAAAUGAAUAUUUAAUGAAUUUCAUUAAUUAAUUAAUUAAUUGA